CAAACACUCCCCACAAUGUAUCACUUUGAUUUCGCCACAUUCAACACGGAGGCCGAGUUGGAAGCGCCCGAAUGCGGGCAGGAGGAGGAGCCCUCUUCGCCGCCGCUCACCCGAGGACUGCCGCUGCCCGUGCCCGAGAUAGUGGCCAUCAACCCCAGCGAUCUGACGCCCUGUCCGUGCUGCAGCCGCACCUUCAACUUGAAUGCCCUGCGCAAGCAUGUCGUCGUCUGCGAGAAGAUCUCAAAGAAGCGCAAUACCUUUGAUUCCUCGCGCCAGCGCCGCGAGGGCACAGCACUCUCCACGUAUGUCCUUCCCAAAAACUUUGGUCUGCCCAAUGCUGAGAAGGUGUCUGGAGUUCACAACCCCACCGCUGGGAGUCGGGAUCCCGUAGGCACGGGAUCCACAAUACCAACAGAGAGUGUGGGCUCUCCUCUGCCCAUUCGUCGCAACUCCCAAACCGAGCUGGUUCGCUCUACGGCCCGAGCUUCCGUGCGUAGAGCAGGGGGCACAGCAACAGGAACAGGAGGUGCUGCAACAUCGCCCGCAGGCGACCCAAACCAUGUACCAGCCCGCGAUCGCUCGCCGGCCAAGCGCAUCAAGGGUGUGGCCUCCGAGCACUGUCCCCACUGCGAGCGGAACUUCAACGUGAAGGCCUUCGACCGGCAUGUGGAGUGGUGCAAGGAGAAGGCGAUUCAGGCCACCAUGAAGCUGACCAACACCCAGGAGACGUCGAAAGCAAAGGAACGGCUGGACGCCAGGAAGCAAUACAGGCCGCCCAAUCUCAAGACGAAGCGCUCAAUCAACCGGAACAAGUACUCCGGCAACCACGAGGAUCUGCUGGACGCCGGCGACAUGACGGCCCCCAAGCAGAGCCUGAUGUCGCUCCCCUCCAUGACCUCGUCCGUGCACAGUGAUAACCCUCCUAAAGCAAAUAAGCUGGCACGCCCCCAACCAAAGAACGGGACGCCCGCAGUCCGCAGCAAGGCCGAGGGAGCCAGGACAAAAGUCACUCAAAACACAGUCACCUUGUGCGUGACCCAAGACGACGAUCCACCAGCAGCACCAGCUCCGCCAAAGGAGCGCGUCCUACGCGCCAAACGCAAGCCUAUCGAGACUUGUGACCGCAUCACCGAAACCAUGGAUCGCUUGCGAAGCCAAUCCAGUGGCGAAACCCUCCAGCUGGACUGUGUGGAGGCGGCACCGCUGAAGCCAGCCGCCAGGCUCCGCAAACGGAUGACCAAUCGGGAAAGGGUCGAUGCUGCCGAGAAGGAAAUGCCGGCACUCAAAUUCGAGGAUCUCAAUCGGUUGAUCAAGGGAAAAGGCCCUACGACCAUCGUAAAAGCAACUAAAAUGGAUGAAACACCGCAGGAGGUGGUUAAAGUGAAGGUGCGUUCCUCCACAUCGCUAGUGCGGCAGGCGCGUCGCCGCAUCCGCACACGGGAGCAUCCCAGCUUGGAGUUGUGCAGCUUGGAGCAGGAAAUGACCCAAGCCUCAUUCCCACCGCCAUCAUCGCCAACUAAGAAAGCGAACUCCAUGCAGAUAUCGACCGAAGAUAAUAUGGAUUGCAGCCUUGUGCCUCUGUCGCGGAGACCGCGUGUUGCCUAUUCCGAUUACGAGGACGAUUCGCCGCGAGCCGAGAUCCAAAUCAAAAUGGAAACGACCACCACGCGAACUGUGUGCCGGCCCAAGAAGCGGACUGGCCAGGCCACCAUGGAGAUGAACAGUUCGUUACCCAUGCGGGCCCUGCCCAUGCCCCAGCUGCAGCAAAGCCUGGAGGCCCUCGGCCACACCAUGAGCCAUACCAAGCUGCCCAGACUGCACCUCGGCAGCGAUCGGCUGCAGUUCGAGCGCGAUGUCAUUGAAAUGGACAACGAAUCGAGUGAGCUGGAAUGUAGCAAGGAAAAUAUGAUGAGGAGGUCCGCGAAGAUCCUCGAACGCACGUCCAGUCCGAAUAGCGGAGAGUUCCCGCAGGUCGAGAACAGCGACGUAGAAGCUGAGAGCGAUCAGCGGCCUGUCACGAAGCUGCCUCUUGUGGCCAAACAGAGCGGCAGCAGGAUCAGUCGCUGCCUGGUGAUGCUCGAGCAGGACGAGGAUGGAAAAAUGUACAUCAAGGAGCCGCCUGCCAAGGACGACAGCCACUCGCUUCCCAAUUCCCGCCGCGGAGGCACCUUCAAGAGAUCCAACUCGAAUAGUUCAAAUAGCAAGGGAGGCGCGAAAUUGCGCCAGCAAUCGAAUGCAUCCAGUGCUAGCAGCCACGACGAAAAGAUGCAGCAGAUGGUGGGGAAGAGGCCAGUCGAGGAUCAGCAGAAGCGGGAGAUCUUCAUCAGCAUCGAGACGGAGACAUAUGCCCACGGCCGUUCGCCAAUUUCACCCGACUCCCUGCGCCACAUGGUGGGCAAUUCACAGACGCCCAUCGACGUGCUGCACAUCGAGAAUGGCAACGAGCCGGAGCACGCUCGGUUCAGAAAGAUCAGCGAUACAGAGGACGCCUAUGUCGACGCCCAGGGCGGGCCUGAGCAUCGGGCCAACCAGUUGGCUGGUAAUGCCAACAGACUGGCCCUAUUAUCGAGCGACUCCGUCCAGGUCAAUAACGCUAAAAAUCUGAUCCAGCAAAUGCAGAGCGAGUUUCGGCAACUGGGCGAGGAUGCCGGCGCCUCAAUCCGUACCCUGUUCAUCAAAAGACCCGAAGAGCAGGGUACAGCAAGGGAAUUGGAUCCGGAGCCAGUGCAACAACUUCAGCAGCAGGAGCAGCAUCAGUUGAAGGCCAGCUCCCCCUUGACACCCUCAGCAUCAGCGGAUUCCGACGAGCUAAGCAGCCUCGAUGGUUAUCCCAUGUCCUCGUCCCACUCGUCUCGUCGCGGCGCUAGCUCCAAGCUAAGCUCCGACUCUGCCUAUGGCAGCACCAACUCCCCCUACAGCCUGUCGCGACAGCGGUCCGGCGACCUACAACCGGGUACACCACGCAACCAGAAUCUGCUGCGUCCGCACACGGCCAGUGCCAAGCUGCCGAGCGCCAUGACUGAUGUCUCGACCCAGGCGCACACUGCCUAUGGCACUCUCAAGGCACGUCAGAGGCUUUAUGGCGGCGGCGGCGGCGGCGCUAUCAAUAGCAUUGGCAAUGGCAAUACCGACGGAGCAGAAUCCUCCAGUGGAUCGGAGCACUCUCUGACAAUGUCCACGCAGCAGCCGCAGGAACAACAGAAGCACAAUAGACCAGACAGCAACUACAACUACCAGCAGCAGCAACAGCAGGUGCAAUCCCAGCCAGUAUAUAACAACAACAACAACAAUGGGCAGGCGUCGCUGACUCCAACCAAAUCGCAGCAUUCCCUGCUGAGCUGUAACUCCGCGUCCAGCCUAAGUUCGAGUAUGAAUAUGUCCAAGUUCUGCCACGAGUGUGGCAGCAGGUUCAUCAUCGAGCACGCCAAGUUCUGCAUGGAGUGCGGCGUGCGGCGAAUGAUACUCUAAUCUCGGGUCUUAACCCCACGUAGAUAUUGUUGUACCCCAUCCCCCACUCACAAAAUCACAUCGCAACACACUCACCCUGAUGAUGGAUGCUGGUGACGAAGAGCGUCGUCCUGGGGUCGGGGUCUUUUAUAAGUGUAUACCAAAUGUAGUUACUCACACGCAAUCGAGGCAGCUAAGGAGAGCGUUUGAUAUGUCCUACACACAGAACAAUAAUAAUAUUUAAUAUAUAUAUUUUAUUAUAAACCAAAAAUGCGAACACAAAUUUUUAUAUCGAACGAACGGAGACAGUCAUUGCAGAAGAAGUUCAUUAAAUUGAGGUUUCUCUAAUUAACUUUGCAUUUCUCGUUAAGUGCACAUUUCUCUGACUCAAAACAAAUGUAAACCAUUAAUCACUUUAAAAAAGUAAAAUUGUUGAUUAACAAAGACUGAACGAAUUUAUACGAUGGCUCCUCCGCAAGCAAGAUCGUAACUAUUUUUAAACAUUUUUCGAAAACUAACGCAGCAACUCCAUUGUAUUGUAUUCUUUAUAAUCUGAUUACUAAUUAUAUA